GAGAGUGCGGAAACCAAGAGGAGCUGUCUCCGUUACGCGUGGUGCUGAAAGUGCCGCUCGCCUCAUUAUGUGGUCGGUCUUCUUUGUCUUUCUGUCGUAUCUGGACAGAAACUUCGUCAAAGGCGACUUCCUGAGCCGCGCUUUGGACGCAGAAAAGGAGAGCAAAGAAAUGUUCUCCAUGCUCAACGGCACCUUUUGCGCAAAAAUGUCAACCGUGAGGGAGAGCUUCCUGUACCAGGUGUCAGACGGAGCCGAGGUGGUGCGCUCCGUCGUCAGCCCCGCCGGGAAGCUUGUGAACUGCUCCGUCACUGUGAACCAGAUGCAGGUGAAGUCGUUCAUGCAUGAGUGCAGGUUGGGACUGAAAGAGCAGAGAGCCGGGCGACAGCUGGAGACGCGUUUUGCGCGCAUGAACGACGCCAAACUGAUGUGCGGUGAGUUUAAGGAGAGGUCGGAGCGCAGCGGCAGGGAGAGAGGUGAUGACGCUGCGCUGAAGGACCAGGUUUUAAAAAGGUCCAAGAGGGGCUUCACUUAUCCUGGGACCCUGUGGUGUGGAGCUGGAAAUAUGGCUGAUAAUUAUGACCAGCUCGGAGAUUUUGCAGAGACUGACAGCUGCUGCCGUAUUCAUGACCACUGCCCUCACGUCAUCCACGCCUUCUCCUCCAACUAUGGCUACGCUAACUUCAAGUGGCACUCCAUCUGUCAUUGUGACUGUGAUAAUGCGUUAAAAGCUUGCCUGAGGAAAGUGAACGACACAUCUUCCAGGGUAGUUGGUCAGGCGUUCUUCAACGUCAUCGGUGUGCCUUGCUUUGAGUUGGCCUAUGAAGAACAGUGUGCAGAGCGACACUGGUAUGGCAUGUGUAAACAUUACGAGAAGCUUCCCAUUGCUGUGCUGCAAGAGGCGGUCCCUUAUGACUUUGGCGGCAUUGAUGUCAUCGAUAAGCUGACGGUGGCUCCUCCCAAGAGGAAAGACUCCAAGGAAAGCAAAGAAGAAGAGAAACCGGAGAGUACAACACAGUCUACAAUGUCAGGUCCAGAAGAGCCUUCACUCCAAAAUGUUGUCACCGCUGCUGAGGACUUCAUUAAGGUCCUCGCUACCGUCUCCACCUCUCAAAGCUCCAACGACCCUGAUAAGAAUGAGACACAAAACUCAGAGAAGAAGAAGAGGAAGAAAAUAGGGAAGAAGAAGAAAACCAACAAAAAGCGAAAAGGAAAGGGAAGGAAGAGAAAGCAGAAAGCAGAUGAAGGAGCUGCAGUUUCACCCUCUGGCUGCAAAGCAGAAGAAGUAAUCGCCCUAAGAAACUUCAUUGGUGAGUCACACAAACAGGAGCCAUCAAUUGGAAACACAAACAGACUCAGUGACAGUGAAUAUAAGCUUGGAGGAAAAGAGCCCUAUAAUGAAGUCAUGAAAGAUGAGCCAGCAAUUGAGAAGGAGACAGUUUCCAUUAUGCCACCUACGCUGGUACAGAAGAAACCAGCAGAGUCCACAGAAGAAAUCACUCUUACUACACCCACCACUGCUAUUCCACAUGAAGUAACCAGAAGGCCCAGAAAAGAGAGGAAAAAGAAGAGCAAGAAAAAUACUCUUCCUCCCUUUGAAGAGCUUGUAGCGGACACAUCAGAUAACUUAUCAGCCACCAUUUCUAUCCUCCCAUCAUUACCAUAACCCCGACAGAACAGCCCAAGCAACAAAGCUUUGUUGUCAGGCCUGCCAGUACCCCCAUUGAAAUCCCCAAAGUCAAAAGAAACAGGUCAAAGGAGAGAGAAGACAGAGAGGGGAGGAAAAAAAGGAGGAAAGUCAGCUUAGCUUCUCCCUUUGUGGAAGCUGGCCAUGAAAAUUCCUCCAUGGACAAUCUGAAAGUAAUCCCUCUCACCGGGGCUCCCACCGUACCGUCGUUGCCCACCACAGAGCGGCAGGUUUCACAGACAAUUCAGGUUUACGGAGGGAAGACGGUCGUCCAAGUUACGGCUCUGAACUCCUCCUUUACUGUUUUGAAAGGGCAGAAGUCAAAAGGAAGGAAAAGUCGAAGGAGGAAAACAGUUUCACCAUUUUAUUCAAGUGAAAGUCCACGUGCACUGGCCAUCCCUCUAACUACUGCUACAAUUAGCAGGCCUGCAGAACACACAGAAUCUCACAGUGAAUGGAUGCUUUUGACAACUGUCACAGUAGCCCCUUCUAUCAUUACACACAGACACCGGCAAAGAAUAAGGCAGCAGAGAAAACCACGAAAGAAAGUAAUGGCUGCUGUUUUUUAUGAUGUCGUUUCUAUCCCAAACCAAACUGAACAAACACCAGUGACUUUUACAACCACACAAUCCAAAGUCGCCUCCGCUGAAGAGCUUAACCUACUGAGAUCUGAAAAACUCCACGAGACCACCUCAGCCACUCCAGUCAUGAGUCCAAUUCAGUUAUCAAUUGAGAGAGCAAAAGCACAAUUCACCCUGAAGAAGAGGAGGAAAGCAGCACGCUCCUUUAGACAACAAUGAGCCAUGUGGCGCAAAAGUAUAGGCCAAACAAUCUUAACUGGCUAGGCUAGCUCCUGUCGAUCAGAUACACCCGAGUUUUAUACUUCAUAAAUAUCUUUACAGUAUAGUCUUUUUCACUUAAGCUUUUAAUUAACAGCAAUCAUAUUCAUAUAUGUGGAAAUCAUGUUUUGUAAUAUUGUUUUCUGCAUGUCUAUAAUAAAGUUUUAAAAACAUUUUGUGACUUCCUCUACUGGAACUGCUACAUCUUUGACCCGACUUCGGAUUAGCGGUAUAACAUGGAUGGAUGAUGGCACCAUUUCUAUUUAGUGAAAAGAUAUAUAUUGGGAAAUGUGCAUUUUGUUUUUCUAUCUGAGAGUUUAAUUAAAUGAUUGGUACAAACGUUCCAGAUGCUAAAGAUUAAGCUAACACCAGCAGCUGAUAACUUAAAACUGAAACAUGUCAAAUAUGACCUAAUAGCAUAAAUGUAUGAGCUUUAGAAGUGCAGGUAGAAGGUGUUUGUUACCUUUGAACGAAGCCAGGAUAGCUGUUUCCCAUUGUUUCAAGCAUUUGCGCUAAUCUAAGGUAACCGGCUACAGGCAGUGGCUUCAUACUCACCAUUUACAUGCAGGUAAAAUAUUUUCAUGAAACACUGUAAGAAAGUAAAUAACUGUAUUUUUCACAAUGUCUAACAAAUGUCAAUGUCUUAUUCCAGUUUAAACUGUGUAGAUAUCUGAAAUGAUAAAUAUUCUGGAAAAAAAUACAGAAUGAGCAGAGGGAGAUAUCUAGCAAAAUAACGCUUGAAAUGAUCCUUUUAAAAUGAUCUUGUGUGACACUCUCUUGUUAUCGCAGCUUGAAAUAUUAAAGAAAAUUAAAAGUCUAAAUAUCCGAUGCUCAGCACUAACCUGCUCAGCAUGAUUUCAUUUUUGUGAACCUUUUUUUCCAAACAGUGGGCAAAGAAACCUUGCCAAGAAGAACUUGCACAUUUAUGCAAUGUUCCCUUUUGUUUAAAGGGCUUUAUAGUCUCCCCCCUCCACCCAGCCAUGUGGUUUAAGGCAGGGUCACAUUCUAAACACAGAUUAGGUUCUCACUUUGCACUUUACU